AUGCUUUCCUCCGCCGUGCUCUUCUCGACCCUUGUGGUCUCGGCUUUGGCCCAGAACUCCACCUCCUACAUCUUGCCUGGAGGCUUCAACCUCGGCCUGGUCAAGCCGGAUGAGCUGAACUCAUGGUGCCAGGGACAGCGCAACCAGUGCCCGGCGAUUUGCAAGGGUGACACCAAGGAAAACACCUGUGAUCCGGCCACCCUCAAGUUCAGCUGUAUUUGUUCUGAUGGCAAGGCUGCCGAUGUCGCGCCUUAUAUCCAGACUGUUCCCUUCUAUGUCUGCGAGGCCAACUAUGGCCAGUGUGUUGACGCCCAUCCCAAUGAUUCCAUGGGCCAAGAGGCCUGCAAAAAGGCUGCCAAGUGUGGAAGCAAGAAUGCCACUGCUAUUGAAAGCACCUCAUCGUCGAUGACUGCAACCAGCACUCUGGCCAUGACCACAAGCACCGGCACUAGCUCCGACUCCUACAAUAACAAGGCCGUCAGCUCGUCGUCGGUUGCCGCCAGCGCUACAACCACCAACGCUGCCGCUCCCCUGGGAGGCCUCCUCGAGACUUACUCCACCGGUAUGAUGGCUGGCCUCAUGUUCCUGGCUAUGCGUCUGGUGCUGUGA